UCAUAUCAUCAUAUAUAUAUAUAUAUAUAAAUUAUUAAACAAGCCAACAUUAGGGUUUCAAAGUUUCUUAAUUGUGUUCUUGGUGUGCCAUUUUAUCUCCUCUUGGUGUAGAAAAGCUGAAAAGAUCAGAUCCAGCCACAAAGGCAAUAUCAUGAGUAGAGGUGGAAGCUAUGGUGGUGGAAGAAGCUCCUUAGGCUAUCUUUUUGGUAAGGAUGAUCAACCUAGAAAGCCUCAAGUUUCCAAAGUUGUUCUUCCACCUCCUUAUGGAAUUGAUCUCAACCCUGAUGAUAAUAACAAUAAUAAUCCUUCUCCCUCUCCAAAACAACUUGUUUCCAACAAUUAUCCUCGAGCUCAUGGCCAAAACUCCGGCAACUUCAUAACGGAUCGUCCAUCAACCAAGGUGAAAUCUGCUCCAGGUGGUGAUUCGUCACUAGGGUAUCUGUUUGGAGAUAAGUGAAAUAUAUGAAUGGCUAUGUAGAUCUUCUGAUUUACUCUCUCUAGCUGACUAUAUUGGAAAGGAAAUUAUAAAGGGUAUGCUUUAGUAUGGGUGGUUUUCCUAAAUAAAUGUGUGCAAUUAUUAUGUGUAGUAUUUGAAGGAACAUAGCUUGAGAAUUUGUGUAGCCUCUAUAAGUGUAUAGUUUGAUGUAGUUUGUAUUUGUGUUAUAUAGUGAUCUAUUUGUUCAACCAAUCUGAUGCUUCAACUAUCUAUGUAUUGAAUAGCAUCAUGAUGAUUGUAGUUUUAUUAUGUCUAUUGUCAAAAUGUGAGGACCAAUACAUGAAAUUGCACUUUUUUAUUUGAUUUGGGUGUUUCAA